AUUAGGACGAUUAAUAAGAGUUUAAUUAUUAUAGGAGCAGAGUAAGCAAAAAGCCUGGCGCCUCUCUUAAUCCUGUUGUUUUUUCUCAUAAAGCAAGCAAAAGCAAAUCGAUACCAAAUACGAAAGUGAAGCAAACCGUCCACCGGUUUCGACUUCCUUUCGUAAACCAAAAAAUCAAUCAAUUCUUUCAAUUCGAUUUCGCCGGCGGCGCAGAGCAAGUUCGUAGAUCGGUUAAUUCCGAUUAGGAAGUGAUAUUUACAGUGAUGAGACUAAAAAAGUCAACAUUAUUUUGUUGUUUGAGCUAAAACAAUGGCCAAUUUUCUUGUCGGAUUUGUUUUGCCGUUACUUCUCCUUAUAGCUGCUUUGAUAAAUUGGAGUUUGAUUUCGUUUGUUGAUUUAAUAGCUUUUCUUCUCAUUCAGUAUGCUGCGCCAAAAUCAGGUUUUCGUUUCCGAAGGCGAUUUGUGUUAUUGUGGCCUGUUAUAUUGUUUUCCCUUAUUGUUAUUCUUUCCCAGCUUGUAUAUAUUAUUAUAUGGUCCAUUAAGGGAAAUAAAUGGAGUGAAGCAAAUGCUUGGUGGGCACAUCUAAUUGGUUUUAUGGUAGUUGAGUCCUGGCGAUCGCCGUCUGUGAUAUAUUUUUUGGUUAUACAGCUGUUAGCACUUUUUGUUGCUUUAGUUGAUGUAUAUGGGAAUAGGUUUGGUCUAUUUCCUUGGCAAGAUUCUUGUUGGGGGCACUUUGUAACUAUUCUUGAAAGGAUAGGCUCUCAUCUUAGGGUCGCAUCCUGUUUGCUAUUGCCUGCCAUUCAGCUGGGUGUGGGAAUCAGCAAUCCCACGUGGCUUUCGCUGCCUUUUUUUAUCGGUAGCUGUGCUGGUCUCGUAGAUUGGUCACUGACAAGCAAUUUUCUAGGGCUUUUCAGGUGGUGGAGGCCUCUUCAGCUGUAUGCAGGCUUUAACAUAAUCCUACUUUAUGCGUAUCAGCUUCCUGUAGAAGUCCCCAGUAUAUUUCACUGGAUAGCUGAUUUUGUUGGUCUCUUCAAAAUAUCUGAAAAGACGGAGUGGCCUGAAAUUUGUUCUGGGAUUUCCCUUGUAUUAUACUAUAUAAUGCUGUCUUUUGUUAAAUGUGAUUUGGAGGAAAUGAAUUUUAUUAUGUCUAUGAGAAAAAGUAACUUGACUGAGCAGCUUCUCCCCUUGAGGCAUUCGUUUUUCAUUCGUGAAUCUCGAUCGGGUGUCAGGCAUACCAAUGUUUUAUUAAGGAGAGCAGUUUUUCGGACCUUUAGUAUCAACUUUUUCACGUACGGUUUUCCGGUCUCCUUGUUUGCUCUUUCCUACUGGAGUUUUCAUUUUUCCAGUCUAUGCGCAUUUGGGUUGCUUGCAUAUGUAGGCUACAUUGUAUUUGCCUUCCCAUCUGUAUUUCGUAUGCACCGGUUAAAUGGGUUGCUUCUUGUCUUCAUUCUCUUUUGGGCAGUCGGCACAUAUAUCUUCAAUCUAGCUUUUUCACUCCUGACCAGGAAGCUUGGGAAGGAUAUGAAAAUCUGGGAGAUGGUUGGAUUGUGGCAUUAUCCCAUUCCUGGAUUCUUUUUGCUUGCACAAUUUUGUCUUGGCGUUUUGGUUGCUUUGGGUAAUCUUGUGAACAACUCCGUAUUCCUCUAUGUGUCUGAUGAGAGUAAUCAACCUUCAAAUGCAACCUCCAAAGAAGAAGUGGAAGAAGAUACCAAGGUGUUGAUUGUGGCUACUAUUGCAUGGGGACUGCGGAAAUGUUCUCGGGCUAUUAUGCUAGCACUUAUAUUCCUCAUUGCCAUGAAACCUGGUUUUGUGCAUGCUAUUUACAUGAUAUGUUUCUUGAUAUAUCUUUUGAGCCACGACAUCAGCAGAAAGAUUCGCCAAUCCAUGAUUCUUCUAUGUGAAGUUCACUUUGCACUGUUAUACAUUCUUCAGAUUGAUCUAAUCUCCCAAACUUUGGAGGAAAGAAGUUCUUCAACUAUAGAAGUUCUGUUACAGCUUGGUCUUCUCAAAGAAUAUAGUUUUUGGGAAUUCUUGGAAAUUGCCCUGCUUGCAUGCUUCUGUGCCAUUCAUAACCAUGGUUUUGAGGUGUUAUUUUCAUUCUCAGCAAUUGUGCAGCACACACCAAGCCCUCCUAUGGGAUUUAGCAUCUUGAAAGCCGGUCUAAAUAAAUCAGUCUUGUUGUCAGUGUAUGCCUCCUCAACUGCCAAAUACAGCCAUGAUAAUCAUUCUUAUGAGAGUAGAAUAGCAGCAUUCCUCAGUGCAGUUGGGCAGAAAUUUUUAUCCAUGUAUCGAUCAUGUGGAACCUACAUUGCUUUCCUAACUAUUCUUCUUGCAGUAUACUUGGUAACACCCAAUUACGUAUCAUUUGGGUAUAUAUUGCUGCUCCUCGUUUGGAUAAUUGGAAGGCAACUUGUUGAGAAAACAAAAAGGCGUUUAUGGUUUCCUUUAAAAGCAUAUGCAAUCAUGGUUUUUGUCACCAUCUAUAGCUUGAGCAGUUUCCCCUACUUUGAGAUGUGGCUGUCCAGGUUCAUAGAUCUGUAUGUUUAUUUGGGUUACAAUUCAGGGGCUUCAUUCCUGCAAAAUGUUUGGGAGUCUCUGGCUAUCUUGAUUGUGAUGCAACUUUACAGCUACGAGAGGAGACAGAGCAAGUAUAACAGGUCCAGUGAUCCUGAUGCAUUGGAUUCUGGGGUAUUUGGGUUCUUCAAAAGGUUUCUGAUUUGGCACAGUCAGAAGAUCUUGUUUAUUGCAUUAUUCUAUGCGUCUUUGUCUCCAGUUAGUGCAUUUGGUUUUGUCUAUUUACUUGGCCUCAUAAUGUGUUCAACUUUAUCAAAAACUUCUCGUGUACCAUCCAAAUCAUUCCUGUUGUAUACCGGGAUUAUAGUGGCAUCAGAGUAUCUAUUCCAAAUGUGUGGUAGACAAGCUGGAAUGUUUCCUGGGCAAAAGUACUCCAAGCUUUCCCUUUUCUUGGGUUUCCGUGCAUACAAGCCAGGUUUUUGGGGUCUAGAGUCAGGACUGAGAGGAAAAGUGCUAGUAAUUGCUGCUUGCACUCUUCAGUACAAUGUAUUCCGUUGGUUGGAAAAGAUGCCAAUUACUAUUCCAGAUAUAGGAAGGUGGGAAGAGCCUUGUCCAUUGUUUGUCUCAGAUGAAGAUACUAUUACAAAUGGUUCUGUAACCAAUGAUGACAAUAAGGCAACAUCAGACUAUAGUGUGCCAUCCAUGAAAAAGGGAACUGCUACAGCUACAGGCAUUUUCUCUCUCCCCUCUAGUCUUACUCGAGCACCUAAUACUUACAAUAAAACAGAUAGUUCUGCAAGUGGUGGGACCAGAAUUUUUUCAUUUGGAUAUAUUUGGGGAAGCACCAAGGAGAGUCAUAAGUGGAAUAAGAAGAGGAUUCUUACAUUGAGAAAUGAAAGAUUUGAUACACAGAAGGCUCUUCUAAAAAUAUAUUUGAAGUUCUGGAUGGAGAAUAUGUUUAACCUCUUCGGCCUUGAAAUAAAUAUGAUUGCAUUGCUUCUGGCCAGCUUUACUUUGUUGAAUGCCAUCUCUCUUCUAUGUGUUGCGUUGCUUGUUGCUUGUAUUCUUGUAAACCGUCGCAUCACACGGAAGUUGUGGCCCAUGGUUGUGACCUUGUUUGCAUCCAUUCUCAUCCUAGAGUACUUUGCCCUAUGGAGGACCAUCUCUCCUUUGUAUCAAAAUGCCUCAAGUGAUACUGACAUAGUUUGUCAUGACUGCUGGAACAACUCAACUCUUUAUUUUCAGUAUUGCAAGAACUGCUGGCUGGGGCUUACUGUGGAUGAUUCGCGUGUACUUGCCAACUAUUUUGUCAUCUUUAUGCUUGCAUGUUUCAAAUUGCGUGCAGAUCGUUUGUCUAGUUUUUCAGGCUCUUCAACAUACCGCCAGAUGAUGUCUCAGCGUAAAAAUACAUUUGUUUGGAAGGAUCUCUCAUUUGAAACUAAAAGCAUGUGGACUUUUCUUGACUACAUGAGACUUUACUGCUAUUGCCAUCUAUUGGAUCUUGUGCUUUGCUUGAUAUUGAUUACGGGAACCCUUGAGUAUGAUAUUCUGCACCUUGGUUAUCUUGCAUUUGCUCUGGUUUUCUUUCGGAUGAGACUUGUAAUAUUGAAAAAGAAGAACAAGAUCUUCAGGCUCUUACGCAUAUAUAACUUUGCUGUCAUUGUUCUAUCUCUUGCCUAUCAAUCUCCUUAUGUGGGUGUUAGUGCUGGGAAUUGUGAGACAACCGGUUACAUAUAUGAGAUGAUUGGAUUUUAUAAGUAUGACUACGGGUUUCGAAUUACUGCAAGAUCUGCACUUGUUGAGAUUAUCAUAUUUAUGUUGGUCUCACUGCAGUCUUAUAUGUUCUCCUCCAGCGAAUUUGAUUAUGUUUCACGAUAUCUUGAAGCAGAGCAAAUUGGAGCCAUUGUCCGCGAGCAAGAGAAGAAAGCUGCCUGGAAAACUGCACAAUUGCAACAUAUUCGCGAAACUGAGGAGAAAAAACGCCACCGUAACUCGCAAGUAGAGAAGAUGAAGUCUGAGAUGUUAAACUUACAAAUUCAGCUUCACGACAUUAAUUUAACUACUACUGCUGAUGACUCUUCUCCUGACAGAGAAGGUCUAAGGAAAAGGAAAAGUACUUAUCCUACUUCUAGAAGGCAUUCUUCUAGCCCGGAGAUGGAUGAAGGAAAUCUUAGGAAACAGGAGCCGCUAAUUAAUGAGGAUUCAGAAUUUUCAUUUGAAAGGAUCAAGUCUCCAUUUAAUUUGAUUGCAGAAAAUCUGGAAAGAGAAAUGUCUCCUAAGUUUUCUUCAGAGUCUCCCAUUUGUGAGAUCACCGAAAUCAGAGAGGAAUCAACUGAUAGCAUACAUUUUGAUUCUGGAAAAAAAGAAACCCAGUCAAAAGAAAAUGCUUUGAAAUCUGCAGUACAGCUGAUAGGAGAUGGUGUUACCCAGGUGCAGUCUAUUGGAAAUCAAGCAGUUAACAACCUUGUGAGCUUCUUGAACAUACCAGAAGAUUCCGAUUCAAGUGAGCACUUAUCGUCAGAGAAUGAGGUAUAUGAUGAGAUAGAUAGCCAAAAGAAUAAGCAUAUACAUUUGGACCGUUCCUCUUCCCUGCAGUCUGAUAUGAGUUCUGAUGCUACAAGUCUGCAGAUAGGAAGAAUCUUUCGACAUAUAUGGUCCCAAAUGCGGUCUAACACUGAUGUUGUGUGUUAUUGUUGUUUUGUUUUUGCAUUUCUUUGGAACUUUAGUUUGCUCUCUAUGGUGUAUCUUGUGGCUCUCUUCUUAUAUGCUUUAUGUGUCAACACCGGCCCAAGUUACAUCUUCUGGGUUAUCAUGCUGAUUUACACUGAAGUAUACAUUUUGGUUGAGUAUCUGUACCAAAUUAUCAUUCAACACUGUGGGUUGACAUUUAAUUUGGUCCUCCUUCGCGACCUAGGAUUUCCUUUACAUAAAAUCAGCUCAUCCUUUGUCAUCAGUUCAUUGCCUCUGUUCCUUGUCUACUUAUUUACCCUCUUACAGAGUUCUAUAGCUGCAAAAGAUGGUGAAUGGAUGCCAUUCGUGGACAGGAAAUUUUUCAGAAGAAAUUCUCUGCUCGGAGAAGAGGUUCAUCUAAAUUAUAGUUGGAGUGAGAAGGCAGAGGAACUGCUACAUAUAAUGACAAGUAUGGUAAAGUUGAUAGUCAGAAGCAUUUUUAGGUACUGGGAAUCACUCACGCAGGGAGCAGAAUCUCCUCCAUAUUUUGUCCAGGUGUCAAUGGAUGUGUGUCUGUGGCCAGAAGAUGGAAUUCAGCCAGAGAGGAUUGAAUCUGGAAUAAACCAAUUGCUUAAAAUUAUUCAUGAUGACAGAUGCAAAGAAAAGAACCUGGAUGGUUGUCCUUUUGCUAGUAGGAUUCAUGUCCAGAGCAUUGAAAGAAGUGAAGAGAACCCAAAUAUGGCCUUGGUUGUUUUGGAGGUGGUCUAUGCCUCCCCUUUGACAAACUGCACAUCAGCAGAAUGGUACAAGUCACUGACUCCGACAGCUGAUGUAGCAAAGGAGAUUCUUAAAGCUAAAGAAGAGGGGUUUGUUGAAGAAAUCGGGUUUCCAUACCCUAUUGUCUCUGUCAUUGGGGGAGGUAAAAGAGAAAUUGAUCUGUAUGCCUAUGUAUUUGGUGCAGAUUUGAGUGUGUUCUUCCUAGUCGCAAUGUUCUACCAAUCUGUGAUUAAACAUAAAAGUGAAUUUCUAGAUGUUUCUCAACUUGAAGAUCAGUUUCCAAAGCAGUUCGUAUUUAUCUUAAUAAUAAUCUUUUUCUUAAUUGUCGUGGAUCGUAUAAUUUACCUCUGUUCCUUCGCCACUGGAAAAGUUAUCUUCUAUAUUUUCAACCUCAUCCUAUUCACAUACUCGGUCACUAUAUAUGCUUGGCAAUCGGAACCUUCCCAAAAACAAACUAUAGGGCUAGCUCUUCGUGCUAUAUUUCUCGCAAAAGCAAUCUCUCUAGCACUGCAGGCUAUUCAAAUCCGAUAUGGGAUUCCUCAUAAAAGCACAUUGUAUCAGCAGUUUCUGACUAGCCAAGUAACCCGUAUUAAUUAUUUAGGCUAUAGACUCUAUCGAGCUCUACCGUUCCUUUAUGAAUUGCGGUGUGUGCUGGACUGGUCAUGUACAACUACAUCUUUGACUAUGUAUGAUUGGCUGAAGCUGGAGGAUAUACAUGCAAGUCUUUACCUGGUUAAAUGCGAUAACGUCUUGAAUAGAGCUACACACAUACCAGGAGAGAGACAAACAAAAUGGACCAAGUGUUGCAAUGGGAUAUGCCUCUUCUUCAUAUUGAUCUGUGUUAUUUGGGCUCCUAUGCUGAUAUACAGCAGUGGUAACCCAACAAAUAUUGCAAACCCUAUUAAAGAUGUAAGUGUGCAGCUUGAUAUCAAGACAGUGGGUGGAAGGUUAACACUGUAUCAAACUACUCUUUGUGAAAAAUUCCCAUGGGAGAAAGUCAACUCUGAUAUUGAUCUAGAUCCCCAUCAUUAUUUGGAUAUGUAUAAUAAAAUUGACAUUCAGCUGAUAUGUUGCCAAGGAGACGCAAGUACAUUAUGGCUUGUCCCUGAUGUGGUUCAGACGAGAUUUAUACAGUCCCUUGACUGGGAUUUGGAUAUGGAUAUUCUUUUCAUUUGGGUCCUAUCCAGGGAUAGGCCAAAGGGCAAGGAAGUUGUGAAAUAUGAGAAACCUGUUGAUCCUAUAGAUCUUCCAAAUCGAACAGACAUCCAAAAAGUUCUGAAUGGCUCUACAAAGAGCUUUAGGAUACAUAAUCUUUAUCCAAGAUACUUGCGUGUAACCGGUUCAGGUGAUGUCAGACCUUUGGAGCAAGAGGAAAGUUCAGUCAGUGCGGAUCUUGUAAUGAAUCGUCAAGAUUUUAGUUGGUGGUCAUUUCAUGAUAUCAAUAAAUCAGAUGUGAGAGGCUGUGGAGGUUUAACAGGACCUAUGGCCAUCAUAAUGUCCGAAGAGACUCCUCCUCAGGGUAUUCUAGGCGACACAAUCAGCAAGUUCAGCAUAUGGGGUCUAUAUAUAACCUUUGUGCUUGCAGUAGGCCGUUUUAUCAGACUUCAGUGCUCAGACUUAAGAAUGAGAAUACCAUAUGAGAAUCUACCAUCUUGCGACAGGUUGAUAGCGAUUUGCGAGGAUAUAUAUGCAGCUAGAGCAGAAGGUGAACUUGGAGUUGAAGAAGUACUUUACUGGACACUUGUAAAGAUAUACAGAUCACCUCACAUGCUGCUCGAAUACACUAAACCGGAUUAGUUCAAAACAAACGUUUGAUCCACCGAAAUUUAACAAUAUGUCGUCUUUGGUUAUUCGUUUUGCAGCCGUAAGAAAUUAUGAAACUUCAGUUGCACGGUUUUCUGAGGAGAGUUUGCAAUUUUUUAAUUUGCAAUGGAGCUGCUGAUUAAUGUUGUAAUUUAGACUGAUAACUGUUUUUUGCCUUGUAGUUGUACAUAAUAGUCUUGGUUAAACACAACCAUACACAACUUUUUUAGUGAAAUGAAAAUCUUAUCUAACAAAAUUCACACACUAAAAAUAUGUAAUGAAUUUUUCUUAGUUGCAAUCUCUUAGAAUUAA